AUGCCAACAUCUAGUCGCUCAGCUCAGCUUGGGCUUUGGCGCGAGAUUGUCUGGAGACGACACGUGGAGGCUCAGCCAGUAAACCGACAUCUUGAGUUUAUCCAACAGCGAUUUGAUGAACUUGACUCGGAAGGAUUUGUUUGGUCUAAGGAGUCAAUCCUUGGAAUCUUCCUUCAACUUGGUCUACCAGACAGCCCACAUGCUCCUUUCUCGAGGGUCAACAUGAUACUGGAAUCUCGUGUUCUUCCAGGAAUCGAACUAUCAUCUGAAGAGGUGACAGAUGCUAUUCAAAUCGAAGAAUGGCGACAUAAAUCUCGUCCUCUAAGCCUUGUGGAUCUACCCAUUGAGCUAUUUGACAAAAUACUCGAAAAACUUGAUUGCAUAGCUAGGCUCGAAGCCAAGGAAGUUUACGAAAAAAAGAAGGAGCAUAUUGUGGCAAUCACAGGUCCAGGUGAACGGACGCCAUACUUGACCUACUUGCACCGAAACUCGCCAAUCUUGAAUAGCAUUCAAACCCUUUCACUUACUUCCCGUGAAAUAUAUCAACGUUGUCAACCAUGGCUAUGGCGAAAACUACAGUUUCCUACGUCUCUACCAGCACCAAUAGAACUAUGGACCGAAGAUAUUUUGAUCAGACAAGGCCCCCAUACCCGAUCUCUAUCACUCGGACUCUCAGAAAACUGCAGUCGACCUCCUGGCGAAUUUGUCUACCAUGAUUCUUCGUACGAUAACGUUAUCCCUGGCUUACAUCAUGAUAAUCGGGUAGCAUGCAUCUCUCCAAAGAAUGUAAGAGACUUGAUAGACCAGUGUCCCAACAUCUCCACGCUGGUUAUGGACUACGAAUAUUUUGAACAAUCCGAAGACGCGGGAACAGAAGCUUUUCUGUUAGACCUGAUCCCACUACUGUCGAGCCUCAAGUAUCUUCGGCAUUUCAAGGUGGGGGAAAGAGAUAAUGAGACAACCAUGAUUGAAUUCCCAUCUAGACUUGUCGCCAAUCUACCUUUGCUUGAAUCGCUUACAUGUGAAGGCUUUACAUCACCCAGAGAUCAACGAAAAUCCGGUGAUGAUUCUUUUGGAUUUAACUUAUCCAAACUCAAAUUUUUAUCAAGAUUGCAUCUAUUGGGAUUUGAUGAUAUAGAUGAAGAGUGGUGUCUUUACGACUGGCCAAGGACCAUCACUGAUCUUGCAAUUGGUGAAUGUGGUAAUUUAUCACCAAGUUCAGCUCAUCGAAUCAUCCACCACAUCGCACCUUUUCUGCAUAAGCUUGAGCUUACCUUCGCCCAUCAGCGAGGUACACACCCCCAGGAGCUCGAUCCGACCUGGAAUCCCCAAACUAGUUUCUCUCUUCCACUUCUGACUGACUUGGAGCUCUUUACUUGGAACACUAAAUUGCUGGAUAGCUUUCAGGACUGCAUCUCUAUAAGCUGUUUCAAGUGGACCUACAUAACACCAGAACAUUGCCGGUCACUGAAUAGGAUUAUUUGUGAAGCUGCUUGGCCACAGGUCAGGACACUGACUCUGGUUCCUUAUCUAUAUCUGAGACGUUCUACUCGUUUGGCUUGUUUGUUCAUGGCACAUGUCUUGAUUACAAAUCACUCAUCUGCUUCUACAUUUGAAGACCUCAAGGAUUGUGAAUAA